AUGGAGUACAACAGUCCCAGAGUGUCGCUAACGGAGUUGGAAUAUCCAGCCUGGUGCCAGGAUGAUGAGGUUCCUGUAACGAAGCUCGAAAUCCAAGACAUAUUUGAUGACCUGGCGGCUAAAUUUGGAUUCCAGCAAUCUUCAAAAGAAAACAUGUACCAUCAUUUGAUGGCACAACUGGAUUCAAGGGCAAGUAGGACGAACUCAACUAAUGCGCUGGUGUCACUUCAUGUAUCGUAUAUUGGUGGAGAACAAGCCAAUUUCAGAAAAUGGUAUUUUGCCGCUCAAUUAGAUCUUGAUGAAGAAAUAGGAUUCCAAAACAUGAAACUACAUGGUAAAUCAAAACAGAGAAACUUCAAAUUUGCAAAAAAGAGGGGGAUUUCGAUUAAACAACAGAUGGAAGAUUGGAAACGUCGUGAGCAAGAGUUCAUUAAUACCCAUCCAAAAAUUACUUUGACUCAGCAACAAUUGAAAAAUGAAACUAGUCUGAAAACGGCGGAUUAUAAAUGGAAAUUGAAAAUGAAACAGCUGAGUCCAUGGCAAAUGGUAAGACAACUAGCACUAUACCUUUUAUGCUGGGGAGAAGCAAAUCAAAUAAGGUUUACACCAGAAUGUUUGUGCUUUAUAUUUAAAUGUGCAUUGGAUUAUGAUACUGUCACACUAGUAAAUCCUGAAUUACAGGUUGAAAUGCCAGAAUACAGCUAUUUAAACAAUGUCAUUACACCUCUUUAUGAUUUUUUAAGGUGUCAAGUCUACAGAAAAAAUUCUAAAGGUAAAUGGGUGAGAAGAGGUAACGACCAUAGAAAUAUUAUCGGAUACGACGACCUGAAUCAAUUGUUCUGGUAUCCAGAAGGUAUUGAAAAAAUUUCUCUGCAUUCUGGAGAAAGGUUGGUCGAUAAACCACUGCCUGAAAGAUAUUUGCAUUUAAGAGACGUCAAAUGGUCAAAGGUUUUCUAUAAAACUUAUAGAGAAACAAGAAGUUGGAUGCACUGUUUCACAAACUUUAAUAGAUUUUGGAUUAUACAUUUUGCACCUUUUUGGUUCUUCACAUCUUUCAAUGCACCAACUUUAUAUACUAAAAACUACGUUCAAUUAUUAAACAACCAACCAACACCACAGGCAAGACUAUCAGUUAUGGCCUUUGGAGGUACCAUUACCUGCAUUGUUCAAAUAUUAGCAACUCUAUUCGAAUGGAAGUUUGUACCAAGAGAAUGGCCUGGUGCUCAGCAUUUAUCAACUAGAAUGUUUGGCCUACUAAUUUGUUUUAUCAUUAAUUUUGCGCCAUCAAUAUAUGUCCUUGGGCUAUUUGACUUGGAUGUUCAUUCAAAAUCGGCAUAUAUCAUAUCAAUAAUACAAUUGAUUAUUGCUAUAAUGACAACGUUGCUCUUUGCGGCUAGACCUCUUGGUGGGCUUUUUGGGUCAUAUCUUAAUAAAAAUAGAAAAAAAAGAAGAUACAUUUCUUCACAAACAUUUACAGCAUCUUUUCCUAAAUUAACCGGUAGGAGUAAAUGGUUUUCAUAUGGGUUAUGGAUUUUCGUUUUUUUAGCUAAAUUUAUCGAAUCUUAUUUCUUUCUCACUCUUUCACUGAGAGACCCCAUCAGAGUUCUUUCAAUAAUGGAUAUGUCAAGAUGCCAAGGUGAUGAAAUAUUGGGCAAACUACUUUGUAAAUGGCAACCAAAGAUUACUCUUUUAUUAAUGCUGUUAUCAGAUUUAGGUCUAUUUUUUUUAGACACCUAUCUGUGGUACAUUAUUUGCAAUUGUAUAUUUUCCAUUAUUCUGUCAUUUUCCUUGGGGACUUCAAUAUUUAGUCCAUGGAAAAAUAUAUAUUCUAGGUUGCCUAAAAGAAUCUACUCAAAAAUUUUGGCCACCUCUGAAAUGGAUAUUAAGUUCAAAUCUAAGUUGUUGAUCUCACAGAUAUGGAAUGCGAUAAUAAUUUCAAUGUAUAGAGAACAUCUACUUUCCAUCGAACAUGUUCAAAAAUUAUUAUACCAACAAGUUGAUUCAAUGUUGAUGGAAACAAAGGCUUUGAGGUCCCCAACAUUUUUUGUGGCACAAGAUGAUUCAACUUAUAAGUCAAUGGAGUUUUUCCCUUCAAACUCUGAAGCCAAAAGAAGAAUAUCUUUUUUUGCCCAAUCUUUAUCAACCCCAAUCGCUGAGCCUAUUCCUGUAGAAUGCAUGCCAACAUUUACAGUUUUAGUGCCACACUACUCUGAAAAAAUUCUACUUAGUUUAAGGGAAAUAAUCAAGGAAGAAUCAUCCAAAAGCCGUAUUACAAUUUUAGAAUAUUUAAAACAGUUACAUCCAACAGAGUGGAAUUGCUUUGUCCGCGACACAAAAUUAUUAAAUCAGGAAAGAAAUUCUUCUUCGAGAGUUUUCAAAGCAAACAUGCUUUCGUUGGAUGACGAGAAGUUUGAUGCUGAGGAAAAAAUUAUUGAUGAAAGAUAUAAUGAAUCUUCUAAGGUAUAUUCAAAAUCAAUUUUCGAAGAAGAGGGCGAAGAAGCUGACCACCUCAUUAGAGAAAAAAUUAGUGACCUGCCAUAUAAUUUAUUCGGAUUUAGUUCUUCUGAAUCCUCUUAUACUCUAAGGACAAGGAUAUGGGCAUCACUUAGAACGCAAACCUUGUAUAGAACUAUUUCUGGGUUUAUGAAUUACGCAAAGGCAUUGAAACUGCUUUACAGAAUCGAAAAUCCAUCAAUGGUUCAACUGUACGGUCAUAAUUUCGAAGCCAUCGAAAAUGACUUAGAAAACAUGGCAUCCAGAAAAUUCAGGAUGCUUGUUGCAAUGCAGCGUUAUACAAGUUUUACUACAGAAGAGAAAGAAGCAACUGAAUUGUUUUUACGAGCAUAUCCUUCAAUUCAUAUUUCAUAUUUGAUGGUAGAACAGCAACCAGAUGGUCAAGAUCCGAUAUAUUAUUCCUGUCUAACGAAUGGGAUGGCUGAAGUGGAUGAAGAAACAAAGCUACGCAAGCCAAUCUUCAAAAUUCGUUUGUCAGGAAAUCCUAUUUUGGGUGAUGGCAAAUCGGACAACCAAAAUCAUUCAAUAAUCUUUUAUAGAGGAGAAUAUAUCCAAGUUAUUGACGCCAAUCAAGAUAAUUAUUUAGAAGAAUGCUUGAAGAUUCGUUCUAUUUUGAGUGAAUUCGAGGAACUAGAUAUAGGAAGUACAAUUCCAUAUAUUCCAGGAAUUGAGUAUGAAGAAGAGCCUUCUCCGGUAGCAAUAUUGGGUGCCCGAGAAUAUAUCUUUUCGGAAAAUAUUGGUGUUCUAGGUGAUAUCGCCGCUGGUAAAGAGCAAACGUUUGGCACUCUAUUCGCUAGGACUCUCGCUGAAAUAGGUGGGAAAUUACACUAUGGUCAUCCAGAUUUUAUCAAUGCAAUAUUUAUGACAACAAGAGGGGGCCUUUCAAAGGCACAGAGAGGUCUACAUUUAAAUGAAGAUAUUUAUGCAGGUAUGAAUGCGAUGUGCCGAGGCGGUAGAAUAAAGCAUAGUGACUACUAUCAAUGUGGUAAAGGCAGAGACUUGGGAUUCGGAUCAAUUCUGAAUUUUACUACAAAAAUUGGUGCUGGUAUGGGCGAACAAUUAUUAUCAAGAGAGUAUUAUUAUUUAGGGACACAACUCCCCAUCGAUAGAUUUUUAUCUUUCUUUUACGCUCACCCCGGUUUUCAUCUGAAUAACCUCUUUAUAUCCAUGUCACUACAGUUAUUUUUCUUGCUGAUUGUUAAUUUGGGAUCUCUUAAUCAUGAAGUAAUCCAAUGCUAUCAUGAAAAACACAGCUUGAUUACGGAUUUGCAACAUCCGAUAGGUUGCUAUAAUAUCCAGCCGGCCCUACAUUGGGUCUCCAUUUUUGUACUUUCAAUAUUCAUUGUCUUCUUUAUUGCUUUUGCACCUCUACUGAUACAAGAGCUGCUAGAGAAAGGUGUUCUUAAAGCAGCAAAACGCUUCUUCCACCACAUACUUUCUAUGGCACCUCUCUUCGAAGUAUUUGUGUGCCAAGUCUAUUCUAAUUCAUUAUUGACUGAUAUAACAUUCGGAGGGGCUAAAUAUAUAUCUACUGGUAGAGGUUUUGCAAUCACAAGAAUUGAUUUUGCUAUGCUAUAUUCUAGAUAUGUUAUCAUUUCAAUCUAUACAGGCGUUGAAAUUUUCUUAAUGCUUGUAUUUGCAACGGCUUCUAUGUGGCAGCCAGCUCUACUCUGGUUUUGGAUAACUGUUGUUUCACUAUGUUUUGCUCCAUUUAUAUUCAACCCUCAUCAGUUCGCAUUUACUGAAUUCUUUAUAGACUACAGAAAUUACAUUCGUUGGUUAUCUUCUGGAAAUUCAGAAUAUAAAAAGGAAUCUUGGGCAACUUAUAUUAAAACAUCAAGGGCAAGAUAUACUGGUUACAAACGGAAGGUUAUCACAGAUAAUUCAGAAAGGGACACUGAUGAUGUACACAGGACACGAUUUUGGAAUGUAUUAUUUUCUGAGCUCUUUUUGCCGCUGUUUGUAUUCGCGUUCUGCUUUUCAGCGUAUUCAUUUACUAAUGCUCAAACUGGUGUCACUAGAGCAAAAUUGACUAACUCGAUAUUCCGAUUGGUUAUUGUAACGCUCUUGCCAAUAAUAUUCAAUACUAUUGUGCUUAUAGUGUUCUUCUGUCUUUCGAUAUUUAGUGGGCCAUUGUUGUUAUGUUUUAAAAACAAUACAGGAUCUGUCAUCGCAUUCUUGGCACAUGGAUUAUCGGUAACAAUCUAUUUGAUAACGUUUGAACUUAUGUGGAUACUUGAAAGUUGGAAUUUUACGCGGACUUUAAUACUUAUGAUUACUUCCAUUAAUUUACAUAUUGUUUUAUUCAACAUAGUGACCAUAAUUUUUUUAACAAAAGAAUUUAGAAAUAACAAAUCACACAUAGCGUGGUGGACCGGCAAAUGGUAUAACACAGGUAUGGGAUGGCACGUUAUCUCCCAGCCACUAAGAGAAUUUUUAGUUAAGAUCAUGGAAAUGUCAUAUUUUGCUGGAGAUUUUUUUUUAGGUCAUUUUCUACUCUACAUGCAGACUCCGAUACUCUUUAUUCCAUUAAUAGAUCGUUGGCAUUCUAUGGUGUUAUUCUGGUUGAAACCAGCGGCUAUAACUUCAAGCACUAGAAUUUUCAGUAGAAAACAGAAAAGACUUCGGAACAGUAUUAUAAGAAAGUAUUUUCUCCUGUAUAUGUUGAUUUUAAUCAUUUUAGUCAGUUCCUUAGUUCUACCAAUACUAGCUACAAGAUUCAUUCCUGAUCCAAGGGCUUUAGCAAGAGAUACUCCAGCUUUUUCCAUAAUCCAACCGAAUAAGCAAAAAAAUAACGAUACAGGACCUAACGCACCUUCUACUAUUUUGGUAACCACCCCGCCGUUUACCCCAUUUAAAACAGUCAGAUAG